AUGGAAGUGAUCAUAUCAGAGCCUGAUAUGGUGUCAAAAGGAUCUAAAUUUGCUUAUAGUGUUGGUCAUGUUUUAAACGAUCUAACUGCCUCAAUGUGGUUUUCAUAUUUGCUUGUAUAUUAUCAUCGUAUUGUGAAUUUUUCAAAUGCAUCUGCGGGCUAUUUGUUACUAAUUGGACAAAUAGCUGACGCCAUAUCAACGACAUUCGUAGGCUUUGAAUCCGAUCGCACGAGAACUGGUUUAUUUCAUUAUGGCAGAAGAAAAAGUUGGCAUAUUAUCGGUGUUAUUUGUGUACUUUGUUCAUUUCCGUUUUGUUUUAAUUUAUGCGUUGAGUGUAAAGAUAGUGAUUUAUGGGCACAAUUUAUUUAUUAUACAAUGUUUAUUAUUAUUUUUCAAUUUGGUUGGUCAUGUUCACAGAUUACGCAUUUAGCAAUGAUAAAUGAAUUAACACAUAAAGAUGAUGAACGUGUUGCACUUAACUCAUAUCGUUAUGCUUGGAGUGUCGUAUCAAACAUAUUUGUUUAUACAAUUGCUAGUAUUUUACUAGGUUUUCAUCCAAGUAAUGAUGAAACAGAUAUAACAUCAGUUGAUGCGCCCAUAUUUCGUACAUUAUCAUUUAUUGUUGUUGGUAUUGGUUUUAUUUGUAUGAUUAUAUUUCAUGUUUUUCUGAAAGAAUCUCAACAGCCAGCUGAGGAAACUGAACAUCGUUUACAAUUGUCAUUAACAUCCAGCGGAAGAUUAAAACGAAUGACAUGGAUACGUUUCUUACGCGAAAAACAAUUCUAUCAAUGUGGAUUCAUUUGGAUGUGUGCAAGAAUCAUUCUCAAUGUUACGCAGGUAUUUCUUCCAUUGUAUAUAAUCGACACAAUCUCGGUAUUAAAUCGAGUAUAUGUUGCUAUUGCUCCAUUAUGCUGUUAUCUCAGUGGUCUACUUGCAUCUUUUCCUAUGCGGGCAAUAAACAAAGCAUUAGGUCGAAAAAUAACAAUUAUUUUUGGUCUUUGCUUUAUAUUAGCUAGUGCAAUAUUAUUUUGGUUUAUUUUCGACUUAAAAGAUCAUCUACAAAUUGAAAUAACAUUAAUAUCAGCUUGUGUUUUACUCGGUAUCGGAACAUCAACAACAAACAUUUGUUCGUUUUCAUUAGCAUCUGAUUUAAUUGGUUUAAAUACAGAAUGUGGAGCAUUUGUUUACGGAAUAAUGUCAUUUGCAGAUAAACUUGCGAAUGGUAUCGUUAUUGCCACUGUUCAACAGUGGAAUCCGUGUACAUUGGCUUCAUCGACUACGUGUGCAUUGUAUUAUCGAUACAUAUUAACAUUUAUACCGAUUGGUGUUGCUAUUUUAACGAUUCUAAUGAUAUUAAGCAUGUGGAAAACAAAUAUUGGCGGUAAUCGUCAUGAAUUACACAAGGCGAUUAAUGCUGAAUAUAAUGGAACAAUUACUUUUUCUGAUAAUAAAUCGAACCGAGCGCAAUUUAUUUGUGUACCACCGGAUGCUUCUGUUACUCAUGUUAAGAAAUUAAUGCUUCGACAUUGGUGUAAAGAUAAACCAUCACUUGUUAUUUCGAUUACUGGUGGUGCAAAAAACUAUAAUAUGUCAGGAAAAUUAUUAAGAGCAUUUCGACGUGGCCUUCGAAAAGUGGCAACGACAACAGGAGCUUGGAUAAUUACAGGAGGUAUGAAUACAGGAAUCAUGAAACUUGUUGGUGACAUCGUUCCAACAAAUCCAAAUAAUUCGCGUCCAAUUCAUAUAAUCGGUAUUGCAACAUGGGGCUGUGUAUCGAAUUGUGAUCAACUACUUGUACAUGGAAGAAAUGUGCGUUAUUUAGAGGCCCGUUCUGAAGAGAAAGGUCAAGCACCACUUGAACCUAAUCAUACUGAGUUCAUUUUCAUCAACGAUGGGACUAAAAGAAAAUAUGGUGGCGAAAUAGUGUUUCGCGCGAAUCUUGAGCGAGCUAUUGCAGAAGGUUUUUUUGCACCGCAACCUUCACCAAAUCUAACGGAUUCCCUUCGAUGUCCAUCCAGAAGUAUAUCGACACGUCCAGAACCAUCAGAUCCAGUACCAGUGGUCCUACUUGUUGUUGAAGGUGGCCCAAAUACUGUUCGAACAGUUCAUGAAGCUGUUGUUAAAAAUAGCAUCCCUGCUGUUUUUAUUCAAGGAACCGGUCGUUGCUGUGAUUUAUUUGCUGAAGCAUUACAAGUUUACGAUAGAUGCCUUGCACAGCCUAAACAUAGCGCAGCAACUAAAAAUACACAACCAACGACUGUCCAAACAAAUAAUGAUGAAUUAAGAAAUAAACUUCAAAAAGCGCUCAAAGACAUUAUUUCGGACAUUAGUGGUGAGUCCGGUGCCAAGCCUGGCAAAAAAGCGCAAAAACCUACAGUUGAAUUGAAGCAACGUGAGUCUGUAACAGUCGAUUAUUUCGAAUUGGUUUAUGAAUGCGUUGUGACGCGAAGGAAUUUUCUAAGCGUUGUCAGUCUUAAUCCGCGUGAUCCGGUUGAGCCUGAUAUUGAUGUAGCUAUUUUAAAAGCUUUAUUAAACGCUACUUCGAGUUCUGAAUCGGUUACGACAUGCAACAACCGAAAAUAUGAGCAAUUUCGUCUAGCUUUGGAAUGGAAACGUCCAGAUAUUGUGAAAAACCUUAUCAUGACAGAUGAGGAAGAUUGGAAAAAUCCAUUGUUAACUGAUUUAUUUGAGAAAGCACUCAAUCGAAAGCAAACUGACUUUGUAAAAUUAUUUCUUGACCAUGAUUUUCCUUUAACAAAUAUAUUUGGAAGUCAAAGUAAACUUCUAUUACUUUAUGAAAAUAGCAUGAAAAUACCUCGUUCAAUUAAAGUUCUGCAUGAUGCUCCAUUAUUUACAAUUUACAAACACAUAAUUCAACCACUAAUAGGUGAUUUAUUUGAUAUUGAUGCUGCUUUAAACACUGGAAAACAAGCGUCUGAUACUCGUUUAAAUAUUCCUGCACUAUCUUCUUAUUGUGUACCAUGCGGAAGAAAUGCACAACGUGAAAGUGAAGCUGCUUCUGAAGGUAUUGAAAUUCCACCAAUAGAAAAUCAUUCCGAUUGCCAUAUCGAUGUUGACAAAGAACUUUUUAUCUGGUCUGUAAUCACAAAUCGACAUGAGCUUAAUCUUCUAUUUUGGGCACGCUGUAAAAAUAAAAUUUGCGCUGCAUUGGUUGCAGCAUUAGUCUAUCGAAAAUAUGCUCAUAAAAACCAUGACAAUCGCUAUUAUGAAAAAGCUGAUGAAUUUGAAGGUUGGGCUGUAGAAAUACUUGAUCGUUUUCAUCAAAGUGAUCCAUAUAUUUGUACGGAAGCGAUUAUAAGACAAACGCCAGCGUAUGGUAAUGUCACGUGGUUAGAUUUAGCUAUAAAAGCUAAUGCUAAGCAAUUUAUUGGUCAUCGAGCAGUUCAAGAAGUCCUGAAUAAUAUUUGGUUUGGCUAUAUUGAUCAAGAAGAGAGUGGGUUGAUGAUCAUUUUGUCAACAAUUAUGCCUUGGUUCAGUGGUUUUCUUCAUUAUCAUGACAAACUAGUUAAAGUCACUGAGCAGCAGACUUUGCUAGAAAACUUACUCAGUACCUCCGAUUUUUUGGAACGAACUGAAACAUCAGAUUCAACACAUUUGUCUUGCAGAGAACCAGACGAUGUUACAUCAGGUUUAAUCAAUGAUGUUACAAUCAAAGAGCCUCGUCCUGCAGAUUCCAAACAUGCUGGUCGUUUUGAAAAGACCACAACUCGAGUUAAGAAAUACUUUGGCGAUAUUUUUAAAUUUCUAAGUGCUCCAUAUGUUAAAUAUCUAUACAGUUUAUAUUGUCAUGUGGCAUUUUUAUUACUUUUCACCUAUCUAUUGUUAUGUGAUUUCUUCCCUCUUUAUGAUAUUCCAUUCGAUUCAUGUGGAGUGUCCCAUGAACUUGAAAAUGUCGCAGACUUGAAAAGCGUAACUAAAACUCAAUCGAAUCACAAUAAUGAGACUAAUAUAAAAACAACAGCUCCAUAUGGACUUCAAAAACGUGGUCAACCAGCUGUUAAGGAAUACAUCCUUUUCGUUUGGGUUUCAACAUUACUUGGGGAAGAAUUGCGACAACUGCUCACUCAAGAAUCACCGUCGAUUUAUAAAAAACUUACAACUUAUUUUAGCCCAUUUUGGAAUAAGCUCGAUGUUCUAGCUAUAUUACUUUUCUAUGUUGGUUGUGUUCUUCGAUUUCUUCCAUCUGGAGAGGGCUUUUGUGCAGCGCGCAUUGCUUUAUCGGUCGAUUUAACCCUAUGGUUCAUUCGUUCAUUAGAUAUAUUUGCAGCUAUCAGACGACUGGGCCCAAAACUUGUUAUGAUUGGUGAAAUGGUAAAUGAUUUGAAAUCUUUCAUGCUGAUAUUGAGUAUAUUUAUUUUUGGAUUUGGUGUAUGUUUCCACAGUCUUAUCUACGGUACCAAGAUAUUUAGCUGGCAUAUACCUCGCGACAUUAUAAAUCUCGCUUAUUGGCAAAUGUUUGGAGAAUUAAAUUCAUUGGAAUUAUUUGAAAAAAAUUAUCAAGCCAAUGGCUAUACUCUAUUUAUUUUGCUCGUUGUUUAUAUGACAAUUGUUAGUGUACUUUUAGUCAAUUUACUCAUUGCAAUGCUCAGUUAUAUCUUCGAUCGACUUCAUACUAAUACCGAUCAAAUUUGGAAAUUUCAACGAUAUGAACUAAUAUGCGAAUAUUUAUCUCGACCAUCGUUACCACCUCCACUCAUUCUUCUGUCUCAUGUUUGGCGAUUAGUACUAUAUACAUUGUUAAGAUGUUGCAGAUUACAUAGUUUACAAGAAAUAUAUGAUCAACAUACAAAACGAACUACAUAUAAGCUAAAGUACAACGAACAAUCUGCUUCUGUUAUCGAAAAAGCUGAAGAUGCCUAUGCUGAUGAUUAUUUUAAUCAUUCGAAACUCAGCGAACAAUUAAACGAAGAACGCGAAAUUGAUGAAGAGCCAAUUAAUAGUCCACAAGAGGUUGUGCUAAAGAAAAUACAAAUACUGGAAAGUCAAGUGCAAGUAAUUCGUGAUCAAGUAAAAGCGACACGUGAUGAACAAAAUCAAAUUUUAAACUAUCUUGAUUGUAUAAUGGAAGGUAUCAAAAAUAUGAGUGGAGUCGAUGUUAGAAUGCCUAAACGACGUCAUGUUGAAGCAGACGACUCCAUUGAUGACACAUUCAAUAAUAGCUAUUAUUCGGCAUACGAAGUUCGACGAGAUUCGCCAGUAGAACAAAUACAUGAUUCGACACCUGCCUUUCCAUAUGAGCGCUCAUAA